CUUUUGGGUUAUAAAAUGAACAUUGUAUGCAACAAGCUUUCUCAAUAUUAUCAUGCUCUCACUCUAACUCCGCGGCUCUUUCGUCUCCUCUCUUUCGAGGCCUUUCUCUUCUUCUCGGGUACUAUAACUAUAUUAGGGUUUCUGUAAAUCUUCGAUUUAGGCUCUUCUUCCCUUUCUCCUUCUUUGUUUUUGGGUUCAGAUGUCUUUUGAUCUCCACAAGAUAAAUUGCUCUGCUUCAAGCAAUUUUUGGUGGAUAAUGAACCGAAGACUUUGGUGCUCGUGGAAGAUUUUGUUUCGCCAUUGGACUUGAUUUGUUAGCUUAUUACCGUUAGUUUUAUUUUUUAUUUUUAUUUUUUUACCACCUAUUAUUUCCAGAUUAUUGGGUUGGGUUCUGUGGCGAUAGUGACUUAAUAAUGAGGAAAGGGUUUUUGGCACCGGGAUUCCGGUUCCAUCCUACGGAUGUGGAACUGGUGAAAUACUAUUUGAAGAGAAAGGUAUUGGGAAAAGGGUCGACAGGAACGAUUCCUGAAGUUGAUAUUUACAAGUACACUCCAUGGGACCUUCCAGAUAAAUCUCCAAUUAAGGAUUUAAAGUGGUUCUUUUUUUGUCCACGAGUGAAAAAAUAUGCUAGUGGAGAAAGAAUGAACCGGGCCGCCGAAGGUGGCUAUUGGAAAACUACUGGAAAGGAUAGGGAUGUCAAACACAAUAAUGAAGUUGUAGGAGCCAUUAAGACUUUGGUUUUCCACACUGGUGGACCUCCAAAAGGGGAUAGGACAGAUUGGGUAAUGCACGAGUACACUUUGAUGGAGCAGGGUCUGAAGAACAUUGGCGUCGUUCAGGAUUCAUACGUGUUGUGUGUGGUUUUCAAGAAAGAGGGUCCUGGACCAAAAAAUGGUGCCCAAUACGGUGCACCAUUUGUUGAAGAAGACUGGACUACUGAUGAUGAAAAUGAUAGCUGUUUGGAUGCGGACCCUUUUGCUAUCAUGUCUGUAUCAGAUGUUCUGCCGCCGACUACAGGGCAUACUGCUAGUAGCUCCCGUGCUCCUGAGAGCAUUUCCAUUGAAGGUGCCCCAGAGACUGUUAUGUCUGAGACUACUAAUGAUGAUGACAUGGUGUCAUUAUUGCAUUAUUUUGUCGAAGAAGACCAUCCCCAAUUAAAUGAAAUUAACAAGGAUGCUACUAAUUAUCUGGCUCAGCAGCAGGUUGCUUGUCCUGAUAAUGAUAUCUUCGGAGGUCUGGGCAACUUGGACAACCUGGCUGGUCUAAAUUGGGAUCCAAACUGGGAGGAUGGUUCUAUUUCUGCUCACAAUGGUCUCUCCUUUCUGGAACUAAAGGAUCUUGAUGCGCCAUUGACACAUGGCUUACAAUCAUUUUUGUGGGAUUACGAGAUUGGGAAUGACCAAUUCGGUGCUGAUGCUGCUGCCAUACAGAAUUGGCCAUCACAUGAUGAUCGGUCACCCAAGUGAACUUUGCUGUAUUAUAUAACAUCAUUAGAUUGAUGAUUUGAUAAUCUUUUACUGCUUAUGUUAUUUCUGGUAAUGUAAUUUUGUUUUAAUUCAAAUUCUGUUUGAUUGACUAGUCUAGCUUUCUAUUUUUAUAAGAGAAAACAAGGAUUCGCUUUCAAUA